CCUGAACAGCAGGUGGAGACUUUCCUCUUCCUCUUGCCACGCUUCAGUUUCUCUCUCUCUCAGUCAGUCUCGUGACUUCAGUCAUUCACGCUGAAAAUGUUUCGCCACAUUCUGACUCUUCAGCAGGUUUCCAGACGGCACAUCUCCAGUACCGUCCGCAGGCAGCUGCCAAAUAAGGUGCCAGAGAAGCAGAAACUGUUUCAGGAGGCUAAUGGGAUGCCAGUUCAUCUGAAGGGAGGAGUCAGUGAUGCUGUUCUUUACCGUGCAACUAUGGGUCUCACACUGAUGGGAACUGCAUGCGUCAUAUAUGAACUAGUAAAGGCAGCUGUGCCUCAGAAGAAGGACUGAUGGCAGAUCCUGCCCUCAUUUCUGUUGAAAUGUGACGUUAUGAGCGUUUCACACAAUAUAUUUAUUCUUUCAUUUGGAAGGUAAAAGGGACCAAAGUGAUUUGAAUAAAACAAACUGUACCUGUCAUAAACAGACAAAUCCUGAUUGUUUUACUUCACUCAAUGACAAUAUAAACGCCCCAAAAUUAAAAUAAAACAUUUUGCAUAAAGAAAAGUACUAUUUUAAGACUUUUGCAUUGCACACAUUGAUUUUCUUUAUGCAAAAUGUAAUUGAAUUUCUUUUGAUUUUGGGGUGUAAUGUUACCUACUUUAGAUCUUUCUAAGAUGGUUUUCAUGUGAUUCAUCUUUAAUUCCAGCAAUUGAUGAGGUUUAAUUUGUUUGUCUUCUGAUUUCAUACCUUCUCCUUUUGAGGUGUAUGUGAUAAUAUUCUUCUCAUAAAGAAUGUGAUGAAUAAAACAAACAACUGAACUGUU